AGUUGCAACUUGAUAUAAUAGAAAUGAAAACAAAAGAUUCGGGUUUGAUUAAAGUUUUUUUGAAAAAAAGAUUGAAAAUAUUGCGAUCGGAAGUGGAUCGAAUUAAUAGACUGAUCGCGUUCGUCAGACAAUUCAACAGGAUCAAAUUCAGUCACAACCAAUUGAUAAUUCCGCAGGAAUAUUUGGCCGUCGUUGCGUUGCUGGAAGCGUUGCUGCCCGACGAAUACAGAAACACGAACUACAACUCUAUUGAACUGACAGGAAAUCCGACUCCGGAACACAUGGGUGACUUAAUUGUUCCUAUGAUUGAGCGAUCAAUUAAUAAAACCAUAUCCCGUGAUGUUAAAUUCAAAUUGGAAUCUGUUGAUACGAGUCUUUUCGAACCGUCCGAGAUAUCAGACGUAAGCUCAACGGAAACAGUGGACUCGCCACCCCAACAGGUUCCCGAUUGCGAUGAACCAGUCAAUAAGAAGACUAAAAUCUAGCUAGUCAUUGCAUCAUUCCAUUGGAUCAUUUUCGUAACUUAAGUUUUUCAUUAAUUUUUCCCAAUUAUGAUUUUUGUUGUUUCAUUCGAUUAGAUAGGAAGGUACAAUUAAAAUAGAAUUUGGAAUAGCAUACAAGUAUCAUGAAAUGAAACGAAAUAAAAUUGAGAAAUUGUAAAGUUGA